UCAGCAGCGGCGGUUCGAAUCCCCGCGUCGGCCGCCAUGGCGGGCGCGGAGCCGGAGGCUAAGGGCAGCGGCGAGGGCGGUGGCGGCGGCGGCCGGGCUCCCCCCUCCCGGAGCGGCAGCGCCGUGCGCGUGGCCCCGCUGGGCCCCGAGCAGCUGCGGCGGGUCCUGGAGCAGGUGACGAAGUCGCAGCCGCCCGCCAAGCCGCCGCCGCCGCCGCCGCCGCCCUUCGUGCUGCAGGACGCGGUGCGGCGGCUGCGGGACGCGGCCCAGCAGGCCGCCCUGCAGCGUGGCCCGGGCUCCGAGCCCCUGCGCCCGCCGCGCCUGCUGCCGCCUCAGCAGCUGGAAGCCGUCUGUGUCAAGGUGACGCCUGGGGAAACGGAAGGUCCGGAGAGGCCGACGCCCCGACUGGCCGCCAUCCAGCCCCGGACGGCCAGGCCGAGCCAGCUGCCUGGGCGGCACGGCAGCGUGCUGGGGCCCAGGGUCCCCAGUCUUCAGCUGCUUGGGGCGCGGCCCCUCCUGAGCACCCAGCCACAGCCUCCUGUUCGGGCGCCCGCACAGAGGCCGCUGCCCGCCCUCCGACCAGUCCCUGCGAAGAGAGCCGAGGUCCCCCCGGGUCUGAACGGACCGGGUGCCACGCCGGCCCCUCAGUCUGCCUCUGACCCGCUGGCAGUGACCCCCGUUUCACCCAGGUCAGCAAAUUUAUUUAUCCCCAGCCUGCACACGAAGCACCCUGAGAAACCGAAAAAGACUUUAAAGGUGAAAACACGUUCUGGGCGGAUAUCUCGACCUCCCAAGCACAAGGCCAAAGAUUACAAGUUCAUAAAAAUGGAGGACCUGGCCGACGGCCACCCGUCGGACUCGGACGACUACGCGGAGCUGAGCGUGGAGGAGGAGGAGGAGGGGCCGCGGGAGCAGCCGGCGCUCUUCGACCUUCCGAGCUGCUCCCUGCGGCCCAAGACCUUCGGGUGCCAGGCCUGCGCCAAGUCCUACAUAGGGAGGGGGGGGCUGGCCCGGCACUUCAGACUCCACCCGGGCCACGGCCCGCCCCAGCCUGAGGCGUCGCCGCGCGGGAAGGCCGGCAGGAGCGUCGCCCAGGGCCUGCCGUCAGCACGGGGUGGCCUGCAGAAUGGUCAGUCUGUAGAAGCUGAAGAGGCGACGGUGUCGGACCCAGCAGGCGGAAGUUGCUCAGCCCUCUCGGAAGCCGAGAGACACCCAGGACCCACGGGGGGCUGCGCCGCGGCCCCCGCACAGCCCGGUGCCGCCGCCCUGCAGCGUACCUCCAGGAGCAGCACCCGCCUCCGGGAGUUUCUCCACCAGUGUGACCAGCAGGACCUGGUGGAGUUGGCACUGCCCCAGCUGGCGCAGGUUGUGACCGUGUAUGAAUUUCUUCUGAUGAAGGUUGGGAAGGACCGUCCGGCGAAGCCUCUCUUCCCAGCCGUGUACAAGGAGUUCGAAGAGCUGCACAGAAUGGUUAAGAAAAUGUGUCAGGAUUACCUCCGCAGUUCCGGCCCCCGUCCCCAGGAGCCCCUGGAGAUCAGUGACGGCGAGGUCGCCGAGUCCCUGGGGAUCCCCGAAGGGUUCCUGCGGAGGAGAGAGACUCGCUCGGAUGGUGGUCCGCACCCGUGCAGCAGCCAGGGGCCGGCCGGGGCAGACGGGCGGGGGCCGGAGGCCGCGGUUCCCAGGAAGAGGGAGAGCGAGACCGUGGAGGCGGGGCUGGCCUCAGCGAAGAGGACCAGGAGGGCAGCUCUGCCCCAGGAGCCCACUGCGUCUUCUGCUGACAGCGCGGGCGCCCCGGCGGCCGGCGAGGGUCCCGCCCCCCGAGCGCACGGGAGCGCCUGCCGCGGUCCUGAAGACGGCCACACACCCCCGGUUUCUGACCGCGACCCCGGUACGCCCCAGGCCGGCGGGCAGCUGAACGCGCUUGCUGACUGCGCAGCCCCCAGCGGGCCUGCAGACCCCGCCCCCUCGCACCAGGAUACGCAGCGGGGACGGCCUGGCGCGCUGACCCCGGAGCAGGCGGUAGCGUUCCCCACGGAGGAUGCUCAGGGACACUCUUCAGACCUACACGCCGGGGACAGCCUGGGGAGCUGCGGACUCUGCAGCAGCUCGAUGUCCGAGGAAGGAGUGGCAUCCCUGCUGCCUGGCGGUUCUGGACGCAGCGGGGCAGGACCGCUCGGCCAGGUGCCAGGCUCCCCCGUGAGUGGCCAGCGCGCCAGCCCCGCCAGCCCGGGGGAGGCCCCUCCGCUGGGGGACGUCCUGUCUGUGCGCGUGGUGCCGGUGCCCGCCACCCGCAGCACCGAGCCUGAGCCGAGGCCUCCGCUCUCCACACAAGGGGGUCUUGGGAGCCCUGCGGCGGACGCGGACCAGGCCCCCCACGGGACGGGGACACACGCUGACCAGAGAGGACGGGGGAGCACGGCGGCCGCGGGUGAGGCCGCGGUGGUGGGGAUCGCCGGCGGGUGCGGCGUGCUGCCUCGGGGGCGGGAGCAGACCCUCGUUCAGACUGCCGGCGGGCUUCUCCCACCCCGCCCGGGUUCCGCGGCGUCCGGGGAGGAGGGAGUGGCCACACUGACCGAGGCGGAAGGGCCCGUCCUGCACACGUGCCCACCGGAGGGGCUCCUCGCGCAGCCGUGGGGGCAGCGCCCGCCUGGUGAGAGCCAGUCAGAACCGUAGUCCCAGCCGUGCGUGUGUUUGACCCGAGGAGGGUCGGCUUCAAGCGACACGUGUUGCGCCGACGGGAGCGCAGGCAGAGACGAGCAUUUAUAAAGAGCGGCGCCUCCCCCUCGUGGUUGUGGCCGCAGCGCGGUCCCCACGCGAGGAGUUUCUCCCCACGUCUGGCUCCCAGAAGCUGCUGGUGCAGCUCUGUCCCUGCCGCCCACCGGGACUCGACCGUCCCCUUGCUCCUCGACGCAUGCUGCUGUCUCACCGCACUGGGUCCAUGCUAGAAGCUGCUUCUGGGGUCAGUAAGAAAACAAGCAAACGAGCUAGCCGUUCUGGGCAGCAUUGUACCGGGGAGCAGGGAAGAAAGUUGUGUCUCCUUGCAUCUCACAAACGAGGCACAUGAGGCUUCUGUAAAAGGUGGAGCCUGGAUGACCCCCGGGCAGCGCGCACGAGAAGCCGGUCAAAUCCGGCCGAGGCCUGUGGAGUGCGUGUCUACUCUCUCCCUACAGGACGUUCCUCGAGGGAGUGUCCCAGCACGCCUCCGCUUCACCGUGGUGUGGGCGCCGCUGUAAGCGGGCAGUGAGUUUGCCAGUGGAGGAAGACGUGCCCGCCGUGCGUGUGUGUGCGCUCCGCAGCGCGGGAGGCUCCGGCGGCGCAGCCGCAGAGUCCCCACACAUGUGACACAGGACUGACCUCGGCCACCGGGGCCUGUGCCCUCUCUGCGGGGGCAGCGUCCACAGGGCCCCCAGCACCGAGACGGAGAGGAGCCAGCGUCAUCAUUGUCACGGCACCGCACCGACGGACGGACGUGACCUUAACUCAGAAACCACGGGAAGUGUCCCAUCCCCAUCAAGAACUCUCUGGUGUACAGAGCACUUGAAGCGCAGCAGCGAAGGGGCCCUGGACAGACACCGGACGCGCACACCGCCCAGGGGGAACCGCAGGGCGGCUGCCGUGGGCCUCUGGGGUGCCCCUGUGUGUGCAGCACUGACCGUGGCACCCAGGCCGGUUCAGCAGCGGCACCCGGCCAGGCUCCCGAGGCAGCAGGCCCCCCACGCCCACCAGGUCGUGGGGGUGCGGACCGGUGAGCAGGAAGCAGGGGCGGUGGGAGUCGGUCUGCAGUGCCCUCUGAGGUCCGUAUGUUUUUAAUUUAUUGACUCUAGAGAGACAGAAACAUCGAUUUGUCGUCCCACCUGUCUGUGAUUCACUGAUUCUUGUGCGUGCCCUGGCCAGGGAUCGAACCUGCAACCUUGGUGUGGCGGGACGACGCUCCAACCAACCGAGCUAACCGGCCAGGGCUAAGGACCGUGUUUUUCAGAUACAUUUUUGUUUUCAUCUCGGGAACAACAUGCCCGUAGUUUGAAAUGUCCAAAGGGCUACCAAAGGGCCUUGACGAGCAGCGCCAGCCCCGACCUCAGCCCUCAGGUGCCCUGUGACUGCGGCUGCCCUGCUGCCUUGACUUGUCCGUUGGCUGUGGUCCGUGGGCGAACCACUGACACGUGGGGAUGGUGCACACCCCCCUCCCCCGCACUCUGUCGCACACGUUGGUGUUAACUCAGGACUUGCUUCAUACACUGGAGUGUAAAUACUGUUCACCGCUGAGCCUCUGAGCUGUAAGGAUAUUUUCUUGUGAGCUUUGGUUUUCCUAGAGAUAAUGGCCUUGGAUUUUUUAAAAAGAGAUUUAUUUAUUUAUUUUUAGAGAGGGAAGGGGGGGAGAGAGAGAGAAACACCAAUGUGUG